AUUUAGUUUUUUAAAUUUAUGUAUUAUAUGAUAAGAAAGCAGGGAAAUCUAAAGUGAACUGAGAUGGAUCAGCCCGCGCUGGGAACAUUCUUCGUGCCUGCUCUGACAUGUGGGCGCACACGCAGUGUCGGUUGUCAGCUGUCCAGUUGUGCGCUCUCGCUGGAGAGGCUUUUUCUGCUGGGAACUUUCUGUAAGUGAGUCAACACCGCACAGGGAGGACGCCACCCAGCCCUGCCGCUGGAUCUUAUGCUGGGCUUCUCUCUUCUCCUUCGAGGACGCAGGGCACAAAGACGAAUCCGCUUGGGUCGACAGGCUGGGGAUUUCGGUGUUUUCUGCUCCCACGCAGCGCCGGGGAUGGUUAUUGUCGCUUUGACGCGGCUUUUUCCUCUUUGGAAUUAACGCGGCGGAGGAAAAAAAAGGAAAGAAAUGAAAGUGACGGUGUGCUUCGGAAGGACCCGGGUGGUCGUUCCGUGUGGAGAUGGGAAUGUAAAAGUCCAGAGUCUUAUCGAACAAGCGGCCAUGAGGUACAAAAAGGCGAUCGCAAAGGACCCCAGCUACUGGGUUCAGGUGAACAGGUUGGAACAUGGCGAUGGCGGCAUUUUGGACCAGGAUGAUAUGCUAUGCGAUGUGGUGGAUGACAAAGAUAGGCUGGUUGCAAUAUAUGAAGAGCAGGAUCCACACAAUGGAGGUGACGGUACCAGCGCCAGUUCCACAGGUACACAAAGCCCAGAACCCUUCGCCAGUGAGAUUAAUUCAGCAUCAGCCUUCCAGCCCUACCAGGCGAAUAGUGAGAUUGAAGUCACCCCAUCUGCUCUGCUAUCCAACAUGUCUCUCAAUGUCCGUCGCAGCAGUGAUCCUGCACUGGCUGGCUUUCCUCCAGGCGAGGCCCCGGUUGCUCCAGAAGAACCGUCCAGAAAAAAUCCAGCUCGCUGGUCCACAACCGCUGGUUUCCAGAAGCCCAACCAUAAACGAAACCCCAGCAAUGAAACGGGGAGCCUUGAACGAAAGGGCAGAGGAGCCCAUGCCUACCGUAGUCUUCCUCGUGAUGCGAGUGGCUGGUCCACUCAGUUCCAAAGAGAGAUGACUCGAUCUUCCCUUAGUGCCAACCAUCCAAUGGUAGAUCGAUGGCUCGAUCGACAAGAACAGGAGGAGGAGGAGGAUGAGGAAGAGGAGCAAAGGAGACACGAGAGGAGAAUCGAGCGGACGGAGCCAGUAGGAAGGGCCGAUUCCUCACUGGAACAUUCACCAGUGUUUCAUAUAGAAAGCAUGCUCAGGCCCGUCGAGGUGUCCAAUGAAGGUGGGCCCCUGGGGAUCCACGUAGUGCCUUUCAGUUCACAUGAUAUCAGGACACAGGGCUUGCUAGUGAAGCGUUUGGAGCCCGGAGGCAAAGCAGAGCAGGAGCGUCUCUUCCAGGAGAACGACUGCAUCGUCAGAAUUAAUCAGGGAGACAUUCGCAACCUGCGCUUUGAACAAGCACAGAACAUUUUCAAGCAGGCGAUGCGUUCCCCGGUUAUCCUUUUCCAUGUGGUCCCUGCAGCCAUGAAGAAGCAAUAUGAGCUGCUGUCGGCACAGAAUGAGCUGAGCAGCCCACCUCAGCUGAACAGGGUUCGCUUCAGCCAGGAGUCUCAACAGCCAGCAGACAGGUCCAGUCUGACUGGGGGGCUGACGCCCAGAUCGGGACAACAACCGGGCCUCAAUCACAACCACCAUGGCUCACUGGCAGGGAGCACCCCAGACUCGAGUAGACGCUUUGCCACUCCACCCCACAUUUUGGUCUCCAGGACCCCGUCAGCCCCUUCCCCCAACCUGCAGCGCAGGAUAAGCACAAACGCCCCCAGCACCACCUACCUAAAGAACAAAGGUCGCAGGUUCAACGUCCAACUGAAGAAAGGUCCGGAGGGUCUCGGAUUCAGCAUCACAUCCAGAGAUGUCCCGAUUGGCGGCAGCGCUCCAAUUUAUGUUAAAAACAUCCUUCCUCAAGGCGCCGCCAUCCAAGACGGUCGACUUAAAGCUGGAGACCGGCUGCUGGAGGUUAGUGGAGUGGACCUAAAUGGUAAAAGCCAGGAAGAGGUGGUAGCCCUGCUCCGAGCUACACCCAUGGGUGGAACCGUGAACCUGCUGGUGAUUCGCCCAGAGGACUCCCUGCUGCCCCGAGAAGUGCAAGAGAAAGAUGACAUCGUGUUAACCCCUGACGGUACACAAGAGUUCAUGACCUUUGAGAUCCCUCUGAAUGACUCGGGUUCAGCAGGCUUGGGGGUCAGCGUCAAAGGAAACCGGUCCAAGGAGAACCACGCCGACUUGGGCAUCUUCGUCAAAUCCAUUAUUAAUGGAGGUGCUGCUAGCAAGGAUGGCCGUCUGCAUGUUAACGACCAGCUUAUUGCAGUCAAUGGGGAGUCGCUGCUCGAGAAGACAAAUCAGGAGGCCAUGGAAACGCUGCGCAAAUCAAUGUCUGUAGAGGGUAACAAGCGAGGGAUGAUCCAGCUCAUCGUGGCCCGGCGGGUGGCCAAGAGCAGCGAGGAAGUCCCUGGCAGCCCUUCAUUUUUGGAGCAUCCUCUCAACUCUAUUCUGGAGAGCCAUGAACGACGGAUCUCCAACUCUCUCUAUGAAACCACUGAGGGCCCAGACAGCGUCUCCACUCCACGAGCUAAUACGAUCGGACGCAUUGGUCGCUUCCAGCUCUCUCCGACUGUGAACAUGCCACAGGACGACAUAGUAAUGAUCGAAGACGACAGGCCACCGCUGCUCCCUCCCCACCUGUCUGACCAGUCGUCAUCCAGCUCCCAUGAUGACAUGGGUUUUGUGGGAGAAAACCCAGUUCCCUGGAUUCAUGAGCUGCCCGGACAGAAUGAAUGCUCGCUCAGUCCGGACGCAGACCCUGACACUUCAUUCCAGAGGGAGGGGUUUGGUCGCCAGAGUAUGUCGGAAAAGCGCACGAAGCAGUACGAGAAUCCUGCACAGCUGGAGAUCAUCAAGUCUCGCAAGUCCAAGAGCAUGGAUUUAGGUUCUGCAGAACAGCAGUUCGGGCCUUCACUGGGCCUGAAAAAAUCCAGCUCCUUGGAAAGCCUCCAGACGGCUGUUGCUGGGACAGUGCAGAAUGGCGAGAUCAAUGUUCGCAGGUCGCGCUCGAGGAUCGUCAGGAGCCGAGGCUGCAAUGAGAGUUUCCGUGCUGCGAUUGACAAAUCGUACGAGAAACCUGCUGUUACUGCGCCAGAAGAGGAGAACAGUGUGGACACAUUGGAUGAUGACACAAGCUCCCGAUCGGGUCAAGAGUCCAUGUCCACCAGCGGUGACCUCACUUUGGGCCCCGGGCUGAAUGGCAGAGACGACAGACAGAAAGAUCAGGAGAAGUCUGGGAUGAAGGAGAAAAAGAAGCCAGAAAGGGAGAAAGACAAAGACAAGGACAAAAAUAAAUCCAAGAAAGGCGUGCUGAAGGGCUUGUUCAGGUUUGGAAAGAACCGGAAGGACGAGCGGCCGGAUGACAAGAUGGAGAGGAGGAGCUCCACUAAAUCCAAAGCAGAGGACAUGCAGGCAUCAGAAGAGGAGACCCAGCAGAUGAGGCUAGAACAAGAGAGAAUACAGGCCAAGACGCGGGAACUCCGUGAGAAGCAGGCAAAAGAGAGAGAGUACGCAGAGAUCCAAGAUGUCGUCAGCCGCACCUUCAGCUCAGACGAGGACCACACUUACGCCGGCAUUGGAUCGCUGUGCUCGUCAAUAGACAGCAGCACCAUAGACCCUUACAGCCACCCCUACCAUCUCCCCCAGAGUCCUCAGAGCCAGCAUCCUCCUUCCCUGAACCUUCAAGACAACGGUCCUCCCUUGGAGGCGCUGUACGCCCAGGUCAACAAGCCUCGCAAUGGACGCCCCGCAGCUCCAGACAGUCAGAUGGCGCCUAGUAACCAUGACCGGAUACAGAGACUGAGGAAUGAGUUCCAGCAGGCCAAGCAGGAGGACGACGUAGAGGACCAUCAGCACACCUACAGCUUCAACCAGUCCUGGGCCAGCAACGGGACGGAGACAUCAAGUGGACGGCAUUCUGUAACGGUUGAGACUCAGGUCCAGAAACAGCAGCAAGAGGACAGAGAUGAUUUCCCACAAGCACAGAGACAGUACAAUUCCCUGCCACGGCAACCUCGCAAGAACAACAGCGCGGCAUCCCAGGACUCGUGGGACAAGAUGUACAUGCCAGCAGAGGGAUUUCAGCCAUCCAAGGAAAAUCCUCGCUACUCCGGGGGCCAGGGGUCACGUAACGGCUACCUGGGAACACCCAGUAUUAAUGCCCGUGUCUUCCUCGAGACCCAGGAGUUGCUGAGGCAGGAGGAAAGGCGUCGAGAGCAGGAGGCCAGCAAAGCCAGGCCGCCUCCUGCACAGGAAACCCCCAGCGGCGUCACCUUUGACCAGAACAGAGACAGCACUCAAGCCACUGGCUCUGCCAUAGCUCGGGCCCUCUCAAAACCCAAGGGGCCCUACAGACAGGACGUGCCCCCAUCACCGUCCCAAAUCGCCAAGCUCAGCAGGCAUCAGAGUUCAGUGAAGGGAAGGCUGUUUUAUUCCUGAGAGGAUGAAAAGGAAGAAUAUGGAUGUCUUUAAGGAGACGAGGACUGAUCCUAACAAGCAUUUACAGGGAAAAAACAAAAACAAAAACAAGAUUUGUGGGGGUUUUUUUAAAAUAAAAAUAUGAGAUAUAAAGAUUUUUAUAGGACUGCUGUUAAAAAUGUUUAUAUUUAAAGAAAGAUUUUUUUUAAUUAAGAACCGUGAUCCUUUUUAAGCUGUUUUGUAGUCCAGCAUUGUGAUCAUUCAUACCUUGUAUGUUUAUCCUUUAAGUGCCUUUAAAGUCAUUUGAUUGUUUGGCGUUUUGACCCAUCUAACACACCCGGAAAAAACUGCCAUCACAACAGGGGACUGGUUGAGGGGAUCUCAGCAGGGCUGUACCGAAACAGUCGUAACCUAAUGGGCAAAACUCAGUCCAGACAUGCUUUUUGUAUCACGCAUCUGCUACCAGGGACCUCAGUCGAUACCAUGCUUGUGUGAAUGAGGCUUAUUUUUGAUGUUCAUGGCAACUUUAACUGUGUGUGUGUGUGUGUGUGUGUGUGUGUGUGUGUGUGUGUGUGUGUGUGUGUGUGUGUGUGUGUGUGUGUGUGUGUGUGUGUGUGUGUGUGUGUGUGUGUGUGUGUGUGUGUGUGUUUGAGAGGGUGACAGAGUGCUGGCAGGAGCUGACAUGUAGUGGGAGAGUGUGGAGGUUAAAAAGCUUGUGUGAACUGUGGAGUCAGAGCUUGGGUUUGGGGCAUGAGCACCCAUCCCCCUCACUUCAGGGAAAUGUCCCUUUUGGUUUCAGAUACAGGACUUACUCAAAGUCUGUAUCCUCUUUCCAACUCCCUCUUGUAUUCAGUAUGAUAAUCCUAAAUUUUCUCUUCCCCUCUGCUGGCUGCCUUAUCAGUCCUCCCCCCUCUCUCACAUUGUCACCAUCAAUAUAUGGCACUCUCAGUGGAGGAAAACUGCUUUAGAUCUUCUUUAUUUCUGCUACUCUCCACCCACUCAGGGAAUCCAGCAGUACAAAUGGGGUCAGGUCUGGGUUAUUAAUUAAUGUACGUCAUUAAAAAUAAAUGCACGCCUUCGUUUGUGUUUGUUCUCACGUACGGUGAGGAGAUAAAAAAUGGCAAUCUUGCCGGCGUACCGCUUGGCCCCCGGCCUCGCCUGGACUGAUUUGGCCGUAACCGGAGCCUGCUGGCCUCUAGGUGUCUGAGCUCUUCCUCGCUGAAUAUUUCAUCAGGGUAGUUACAUGGGAAACUGGAUCAGCUCUGCCGUGGGUGGCCUUGGUGUAGUGCUGCUUAUCCAUGGGGCAGAUACAAUGGAGCUGAUUUUGUUUACUUUCAUAAUUAUUUCCAUUGAUGGGAAACCACCUCAGGAGCUUUUCGUUGUUCGGUCAAUAAGUAGUGGCACUUUUUUAAAAACGUGAACGCCUGCAUGUGUGUGGAUUACUGUGUUUUUGUGUUCUUGUAUUUCCAGCUCUUUAAAAACAAGAAUUCACUCUUCUGGAGUAGAGGACCUGAUUUGUUAUGUGAGGCCGAUUUUUUUUUUCUUAAGGAGAAAAGUGCAGAUUACAUUUGAGUUACAGUUUAGAUUUACAUCAGGUUAGGAAAAAUGACUUGGAUAUAUGUUUAUAUGCACUAAAAAAACAGGUUAUGCAUUCAACUUGAAACUGAGGUGUAAAUGUGAUCAGGCUGGUGAUCAAACGUCUCCUUUGCUACAUUACACAACGGUCUUUUGUAACUGUUGUGGUAUAACAAUAUGCUGUUUCAUGGUGAAUGUGCUCAACAAGCAGAUCUCCAGUAUUGUCAUACGACACAUGUAGACCUCUGGUGGUUUCUUUGUGUCAACUUCAGUCACGCUUGGAUGGAUUUAUUUUGAACACCAAGGAUGUAUCUAACAAGCGAACUCCCUGAUUCUCAACUCUGAGGUCAGGCACAUGUAAUAAGAAACCCAGCGAGACAUCUGCAUGACCAAGAAGUCUGUUAAAAGCUAGCUUGACAAAUCAGGUCUCUCUAAUUCCAUGUUCCAGCCAUAGACAAAUCAGCCUACCACAGAAAGCAGACCGAAGCUUUGUUGCUUAGGUGCUUAAAAAAAAAAAGCAUUCGAUAUUAUACACUGACUGGAGUUCUCACAGAAUGAAUUGCACUUUUCUCUUUUGUCCCCUUUGUGAUCAUUCAAAUGAAUUUGCUCCGCUAAACCUCUGUUAUUUCCUGAGCCCUGGGUUAAGCGCCGAGUCCGGGAUUAUACUUCUUUGGGAACACACAAACGGACAGCUGCGGCCAUCAGCGAGGCCUUGUUCUUCCUAUAACGCUGCUUUCUGGUCCAUACAGAGUUUUCUCGGAGGACACUGCAGUGCGCUGGCAGCACGUACAGCAGAUCUCUCCACAAGCAUACCCUGGCGUACUUGAGUAUGCUGAAAAUAUAACGGCAUUAGACUAGAAUUAGGAUUAAGAUAAAACUGCAGGCUACAGUUUCACAGUCGCUGGUGAGAUUAUAGAUUACGGUCCUCACAAGCAGAAAAAAAAAAAGAGUAUCCUCACACAUGCAAGGAUAUGGAAAGGAGAGCAUGAGUAAGCUUGUUUCCCUACCAAGUUUUGCAGCGUGCUUGUACAUAGGUGGCCAUGUGGUUAAGUGUCUGUGAAUGCUGCCAGUAAAUAGAUGCUCCAAUAUGUCUCUGAAUAUGUCUUGGCAGCCAUAUGAACCACUCUGCUGCCGAGUGGGAGAAGUGCAGGAGAGUAGGAGGGAGAGAAGAUGGGAGGCCUGACCUUGCAGAUGAUUCAGUCAAUGGAGUAAUCACAACUAUUCCUCUGAGUCCGCACUACAAACGAGAGGUUACUGACGAGGCAGCGCUCACUUUUGCUGUCUCUUCUUCUUAUUCUCCACAUUUAUCUCCUCCGUCUGUCUGUCAGUUUGCAUCUUUUUUUUUGCCUGGGCGGAAUUGUUGGAUCUGGUUGUGUAGAUGAAAGUGGUGGUUGCUGUUGUUGUUGUUGGUGGUGUGUGUGUGUUUGGAUGGGCGUGCAUGUGUUUAUGUAAAGGAACUUUGACACAGCAGCUGUUUUAACCAACGUGUUUCAUGUCUCAUGAACUGUAGAGACGCCUGGAUAUCUAAUGAUUUUUUCCCCCUCUCUCCUAUGCAAAUUAGAUGAUAUCCCAUAAUGCACAUUUAUUAUUUGUGUUGUGUAAUUAAUGUUUGUUCUCCAUCUCUGUGACAUAUGGAUAUUUUUUUCCCAUAAAGCUAUUAUUUCGGGAGAUUUUUUUUAAAGUCCUGGGAUAAAUGAGAAAGAUAUUGCUAUAUUUUCAUUGUGUUUUUACAGCCUUCCUUUAUUGUGUUUUAUUAUCCACAACAUGGUACUAUGGUAGUGAAAAAAACUGAAAAAAAAAAUUAUUAAUAUGUAAGCACUGUGCAAUUUUCCUUUUUACGACAGUGUGUCAUUAAGAAAUGUUUCUGCUGUUCUCUGUACAUACAAUAUGAACCAUUUUUUCAGCGAAUAAAUUGAGGGUAGUUUCA